UGCGCAGUGACCCACAGGCAAGCACUUCCUGGAGGCUGGCGGGAGCGGAAAAGGCGCGCAUGCGCCAAAUGGCGUGCGCUCGUUACCAUGGUGCCCGGAGCCGCUAGUUGCAGGCGCUACCCGCCCAGAUCUUGGUAUUUCUGCGGGCGCCGGCGAGUGCCGGGCCCUCCCAUGGAUUCACAGGAGAGGGUGGAGGCAGUGACCAAAGGCACCGGGUUCUGGCGCUCCCCCAGACCGGCCACUUACACCCCAGGGACCUGCGAGCUGCUCAGAGUGAUGAUGAAGGAAUCCAAACUGACUAACUUCCAGCAGCGCCACAUCAUGGACACCGUGAAAAGAGGAAACACUUUGCCCCUGCAGUGCAGCCCAACAUCUAGCCAGAGGGCCUCGCCUCCCAAGCAGCCAGCCUCAACCAUCUACCUGCCUCCCAUCCUGACAGCCCGCUCCCACCCCCGGCCGGCCAGCCUGUGCCAAGCCAGCGGCGCCUACAGCCGGGAGCAGUUCAAGCCGCAAGCCACCAGAGAUCUGGAAAAGGAGAAACACAGACUGCAAACUAUCCUUGCCACUGGGAAGGAGCCGGAGGAGCGGAAAAGAAAGCCCACUCCCACUCCCGGGCGACAGGAGGACCCAGCCCCUGAGGUGGACAGGUUUGACGAACUGGUGAAGGAAAUCCAGGAGAGGAAAGAGUUCCUGGCUGACAUGGAGGCGCUGGGGCAGGGCCGGCAGUACCGAGGGCUCAUCCUUGCGGAAAUCUCCCAGAAACUACGGGAAAUGGAAGACAUUGACCACAAGAGGAGUGAAGAACUUAGGAAGGCUCUUGCUACCACUUAAUCUGUGUCCAGGGACAGGGACGGGGCCCCAGCGCUUUGCCAUGCAAGGCCACUCCAGACAUACACACUGGCCUUCAGCCAUAUCAAAUGGUCACAUUGCACUGCCCUGAACUACAGACCCCAGAGUAAAUACGGGACCCUCGAUACCGCCCAGGGAGGCCGGGCCAGCUGCUGGAGCCUCUGAGCCCAGUCACAGACCCAGACUUGGAGACUCCUCUGGGGGAAGAGCCCCAUACGCAGUGUCAGGCAGGCCCCCAGUCCACGUCUCAGCACCUGGAACCUGUGCCUGAGGGCAUCCAAGGGACCCUCCUCUCACCACUGCCAGCAUUGCUGUCCUCCUUACUGAGCUUUGUGAACUGAGAAACACAAUUUCUUUCUUGCCUGUCUUAGGACCUAUUUAUGUGACUUUACAGCCUUGGGCAAAUGUUUAACCACAAUGAUUAAUUGGCCAAUAAAAAAAAAUGUAACAUGG